UGUACCAUUUUCAUUCUUUCUGACUGCGAAGUCUCAAAGUGUGUUCUGAAUUUCCUAAAUAUCUCCUAGUUAUGAGUAAUGGGGCCAAUCAACAUGGACAGAGUCUAGAUCAGCAGUUUGCAGGUCUAGACUUGAACUCUUCUUCUGUAGUGGAUACAAGAGGAAGAGGACAGGGUAGUCAACGUAGCAAGUAUAUUCCUCCUCAUUUACGUGGUAGUGGUGGACAUCAACCAGCUAAUAAUUACUCCGGUGGUGGUGGGGGUUACUACCAGCAACAGCAGCAACAACCACAGCAGGGUGUUAGAGACCCACAAGACCUGUACCGCAGAGGGAAUAGCGGUGGCAUUGGUGGUGCCUACACUGGCUAUGAUGGCUAUUUCUCUCCUGCCUUUGGAGGCCAGCCACAAGUCUACCCUAGAGGUGGCUACACUGGAGGCAAUGACUAUAUGAGGGGGCCUCCCCAGCCCCAGCCCCAGUAUAGUAAUUUUAAUCGCAGAGAGACUGACCGACCAGGAAGUGGGCGGUACAAUAACCAAGGUGGUUAUAAUAAUCGUGGUGGUUACAACGGCGGUUACAACGACCGCGGUGGCUAUAGCAGAGGUGGUUACAAUAAUCGUGACCGUGGUGGAUACAGUGGCCAGGGUGGCAAUACUUACAGCAAUAAUCGCUGGAGUCGUGAUGAACGUAUUGGAGGUGAACCACCAAAUGUGGAUCCACCUAGUUCAGAUGAUUGGACAAAACUACUGCCGAGGAAUGAAAGACUAGAGCGGGAACUGUUCAGUGGCACUAGCACUGGCAUCAAUUUUGAUAAAUAUGAGGAUAUUCCAGUGGAGGCUACUGGUGAAUCGAUCCCUGAACCGGUCUCUGAGUUCUCGGAUAUCGAUCUUGGAGAAAUUAUUCAAUCCAAUAUUAAGAAUAGUACAUAUGCACGUCCAACACCAGUUCAGAAGUAUGCCUUGCCUAUUAUCAGAUUAAAACGUGAUCUUAUGGCAUGUGCUCAAACAGGCUCUGGGAAGACAGCAGCAUUCCUCCUGCCUAUAUUAUCUCAAAUAUAUGAGAAUGGACCAGGUAAAAUACCAGAGGUAAUGAGUGAACCUGGUACCCAGUCCCGAUAUGCUCGUCGAAAACACUUCCCCUUGGGACUUGUUUUGGCACCAACUAGGGAACUUGCUUCUCAAAUUUAUGACGAAGCCCGAAAGUUCUCCUACCGAUCUCAUGUGCGUCCAUGUGUUGUGUAUGGAGGUGCUGAUGUGGGUGGUCAGAUGCGAGAAUUAGAUCGUGGUUGUCAUCUCUUGGUAGCUACUCCUGGACGUCUGGUGGACAUGAUGGAACGCGGAAAAAUUGGACUAGAUCAAAUAAAGUGGGUAGUCCUAGAUGAGGCUGAUAGAAUGCUCGAUAUGGGUUUUGAACCCCAGAUAAGACGCAUUGUGGAACAGGAUACCAUGCCAAAGACAGGGGAAAGACAGAUGCUUAUGUUCAGUGCUACAUUUCCCAAAGAAAUUCAGAUUCUAGCCCGUGAUUUUCUGGAUAAUUACAUAUUUUUGGCAGUUGGCCGUGUUGGAAGUACCAGUGUAAACAUUACACAAAAAGUAGUUUGGGUAGAUGAGAAUGACAAAAGGUCAUUCUUGUUGGAUCUUUUAUCUGCCACAGGUUCUGAUUCCCUGACACUGGUGUUUGUGGAAACUAAAAAAGGAGCCGACUCUUUAGAGGACUUCCUGUACCGAGAUGGUCAUCGUGCUACAAGUAUUCAUGGUGAUCGCUCGCAAAGAGAGCGCGAAGAAGCUCUACGUAGUUUCCGUACUGGACAAACUCCCAUUCUCGUUGCUACAGCUGUAGCAGCCCGUGGUCUGGAUAUUCCCAAUGUUAAACACGUUAUCAACUUUGACAUGCCCAGUGAUAUUGAAGAAUAUGUACAUCGUAUUGGUCGUACUGGUCGCGUCGGAAAUUUAGGUCUGGCAACUUCAUUCUUUAAUGACAAGAAUCGAAAUGUGGUACGUGACUUGUUGGAAUUGAUCAUGGAAACCAAACAGGAAGUGCCAUCCUGGCUAGAGUCAAUGGCAUAUGAAGCUAAACAAAGCGGUGGUGGUAGACGUGGUGCUCCACGUAACAGAUAUGGCAGUGGUGGAUUUGGUUCCCGUGAUUAUCGUCAAGGUAACCGUGGUCGUGGCAGUGGAACUCCAGUUUAUGGAAAUGCUGCCUUUACUGGAUAUCAGCAGUUUACUGGCAACAGUUAUGGUGGAAAUUACCAGCCUCAAGCAGCCCCAUCUACUGACUGGUGGGGAAGUUAAGCUUUUUGACAACUCCAUAGCCAGACAUUUUCAUUGUAUUUCUAAUUUUCUAGGUGUAUGUAGUGUUGAUAUUGUUAAAUAACCUUGUGUAGGGUUUUAUUCACUGCUAUCUUUGAGAACUGCCAACUUGAUAUGCAAUCAUUGUUGUCGUAUCCCCAAGGCAGUUGAUGAAAGUUGAAAACUUGAUGGCAAAAAUGAAAAAGUUGUAAUCCUAUAUUACAAACAUUCAACAUUUACUAAACGUUGAACUUUUAUUACUAAGUCUUAAAGCAUUAUUAUAGUUGCAGUGCUGAACAUUUCAGUAAUAAUUGAUGUUAAAAUUAUCUUAAUGACAUUUUACAGUGGUUUGAAGAGAUAUCACGUGUGGUUGGUUAUCUCAAAAUUCCAAGUUUUAACAAUUGAAAGAAAAUGAAGGUUGGUACUAUUGCCUUGGCAACCAAGUUAUGUUAUUUUUAUUGGGUUUAUAAUGUAAUUUAUAGUCGUAAAACAUUAUAGGAGAAAUUGACACUUGCUCUUUCCUCCAAUGUGUGCUGUGUAGAAACUAAGUUUUAAAAGGCAAAUAUAUAAACAGUUCACAGACUCGUUUUGUACGAUUUGUGAAUGAGUAUCAGACACAAGUCUCUAAGAUUAUUUGGAUUAGCAAUGAACUCAUUUUUCUAGUCUUUUGUUGUAGAAUUUGAGGAAGAAACUAAAAUCUGGUCAUAUUUUAACAGAAAUAUAUUUACCAGUAUAGGGGGGCAUUCAAAUCAGGACAUUUGCCGUGGCACAAUAUAACAAUUUUCCUAAAAGCUGGAAGUAUUUUGCUAGUAAGUUCUAGAGUUUCCUGAACUGUUUUAUUCCUGGAACCAUGUACAAACAUACUAAGCUAUUUUUGUAAAAGUCCAAUUUAACUGAUGAUUGAGUGCUCAAUAAUGUGGUGAUGUGUGAGGUUGAAAGGCUGUAUGUGGAUACUUGGUAAUAUUUUACGUAUUUUAUUGCUUUUUCUUUGUUGCCACAUUUGGCUUUUUGAGUACAUGUAGAUUUUAAAGUGUUUGGGGGAGGAAGAGAGGGUGUGUGAAUCAAAGAGUGAAAAACUUGGGGAAGUCUGGAUGGGGGAGUGUGUGGCCAUAUUAAUAGCUACAGUGUAGCUGAUCCAUACACUUCUGUUGCGCAGGAGUGGAUGGAAAAGCCACUGAAGAGGGGGCUUACACGUCUUGCAUAUCGCUGUGCAGGCAUAGAAAUCACAAACUGCUGAAUUUUAGAUUAUUCCAUGAGAAAACAACAAAAUACUUUAUUUUACAUCUAGAUUCUAAAUUUAAAAAGAAAUGUUUUCUAUGUAAAUAUUUGUACAUAUACAGGAAAACUGAACUUUGUCAUUUAUUGAAGUAAAACUUAUAGUUGAUUUAUUUUGUUAUAUCCUCGUAACUCCGUACAUCAAUCAGUGAAUGAGGAUACUUUUGGUGGUCAUGCCAAAAAUGACCCCCUUUAUGACUGCGCACAAACUGGAUGAAACCAUUUUGAUAUCAGUAUUUUGUUCUCUAUGCAUUUGUGAGUGUGCUCAUAGCACGGACACAACAUUUAUUGAUAUAUCAAGCCUCCUCUUUUGUUUUAUUCACAUCAUGUUUCUAUUGUCUAUUGUAUUAUGUACAUAGUGUAAAGCCAAAUUUACUAAUCUGAAGAUGAACAGGGUAUUGUUAGUAAUAAUGCCAAAUAAAGCAGAAAAGCAGCCACGUCUAUAUUAAAAAUUACACUUGCUGAGUGAAAAGAUUCAAAGUUUUGAAUAGAUUAAAACUUUGAUAUAAAAAAUGAGUAGAAUUACUGCUCAUAACUAGAAUUUUCAGAUUAUAUUAAGUAAAUUCCAAACUUUAGAUUUUUCGUCUGAGAGUUCUGCACGUUUGGUGUGAACUUACCAAGGUCUUUUCUGUUAUUAAAAGAGAAGGCAGAUCUGAAUAAUGCAGGAUUUUUCUAUUCAGCAACUUGAGUUGUGAAAGUGCUUUGCAAGAUAACAGAUUUCCGUGUUCAGUGUUAAAUACAAUCAAAUUACUUUUCUUAUUUUUUAAAAAAAAACAUUCCUCAGGCUUUGUACAUACUCUUAGGUAGAUGAUAGAAACAAGAGCUGUUUUUUUAAAAGUAUGAUCACACAAUUUUUUUUUUAGGACCGCUGGAAGAUUUCCUCAAGCCAAUAUUCGUUUCCAAAAAAAUCAAUGAGAAUAUUGUUGGUGCUAAUUUGAAAAGUAAACAUUCUUCACAUUCUACUAUGGUUUUUCUCUUUGAUAGUUCUAUGAUGGAAACUCCCUUGAAUUUUUAUAAAAGACUUGGACAGCUAUGUCCAACAUGUUGUUUUCACUCCCAAAAUAAAAUAGUAUCUUGCCUGCUUUAGAUCUGGUGAAUUUACCUUGUAUGGUAAAAUAGCUCUUUGCUCAGAUUCCUACUGGAUUUUAGAGCAUUGUAUUCGUAUCGCCUGCCAAUGAACUUGUCUCCUGGCACUGGGCUGAAAUAUUUUUGAGACAAAUUGGGGGAAAAACUGAAACUCGCUGCAAAACUAUAUUACAUUUUGAGUGCAAUGUUUUGGUCUCUGUUUUUGUAUCACUUUAACGACUUUGCAUUUUUACUUUAAUUGGGAAACUAGAUCUAAAGUACAAGAUAUAUGUGCUAGAGUUUUAAGAAGAAAAAAAACUUAAUAGAACUUCAUAAUUUAUUUGGUUAUUAUUUUUGACUUUUAAAGUGUUAUUUAUUCAUUCCCACUUUUUCGCGUGCAGUACUACUUUAUCACUAUAGGAAACUUGUUUCACCAGAAAACUAUUGCACACGGAAAUUCAAUCCUGUGUUGCAUGAUUUUUUUGUGUAAAUUAAUACUUCCAGGGAAAACGUGUACGUUACAAUGAGUGCAUGUAUUGUGCAUUACGUUCUACACAUCACAGACGGAGUGAGAGAGGUCUACCUGCUAUAUAUAUACACUGAUAGUGUGUCUUACUUUAGAACUUCAUCAUUACAUAGUUUCAUUGAAACACAAAUUUUGUAUUUUUGAGACUGUAAAAACAAAAAUUGUCUGGCUAUUUUAUGGUAUACUUUCACCCAAUGUUCUGUUAAUCUUUAGAAAUUCUUUACACAACACUACCCAGUUGCAAACUAUAUUUUGACAGCAUUGAUUAUAUGGGCAGAAGUAGACUGGAGUGCAGAAACCUGAUGGAGCGAUUAACUCUUCUAAUGUGGGAGUGAUCAGUCUGCUGUUAUUGCUAGUACUUAUUCAAUUACUUUAAAACCAGCUUUAUUUAGGGUGGUUAAAUAGUUUAUGUAUUUAAAAGAUUGUUUUAUUUGAUGUUCAUUCUGUGCUCUGGAGUUGCUUUGUAUUUGACAGCAGAGAUAUUGUAUGGGACAAUACCUAUUUCAAUCCCUAAUACUGUUUGAAUACUGACUUGUUUAAUUUCAUUAAAAUAUGAGGAUUUCUCUUUAUUGCA